ACGGCUAUGCAGCACACUGCUUCUGUGUCUGGAUGUAUAGUACAUUGACCUUGUCAAAGUGGGGUCAGUGUUGUGUUAAUUUGGUGCUGUAACCCAGUUAAGGGUUACUUAGUAAGAUAGAAAUGCUGUUGAAUCAGUCCCCUCGAGGGUCUUUCAGUGUUCCUGUUAACAUCACCCUGCAGGGUGCGCGGCGACGACACAUGCGGGAUGUCUUCUACCAGCAAGCCCCACUGCAGGAAAAUGGAGGCAAGUGGAGGAAAGAGAGGGAGAUGAAGUGGAAUGAGAAAGCCAGAGCUCAAAUCCCAGAGUCCAGUUUGGGAGAAGAAAGAGCCGUUCUCUUGGGCUUCUCCAUGAUGACCUUCUCUAUCCUCAUGUACCUUUUGGUGGGAAUCGUGAUGGUGAAACCAAGUCUCUACAGUGACUGGAAACCUAACAACUGCUCAUGGGUGCAGACUGAUUUGGUGGAUGAAGUGAUGGAUUGCCGUCGCAUUGAUAGCUUUAAAUGCCUGCGUGUGUUGGUGAACAGCACCCCUGAAAAAACACUUCGACUUUACAACGACGAAGACGCUGUGAAAUAUAGGCCAAAGUGUUUCUACACUCCGAGAUGCCAACGAAACAAGACAGAACAAGAGGCUGAGGCCAGUAACAUCAAAAAUGUGUUUAUCAUGCUAGGGGAGAAUAUGACGUGCUAUCUCAGUGAUACAUACCCAAAUAACGCCAUCUUUAGGAGGAAAUACACCAUUCAAAUGGCCUUGUACUACCUGCUGUGGCCCAGCCUCAUGUUGUUUGGUGGAAUCCUCCUGGUGGGGCUGGUGAAGCUCAACCAGCAUCUUGCUUUCCUCUGCGCUGAGAUCAGUAGAGAGGAGUUUCUGGGCAAGCAGAGCAAACUGACGGAGGGAAGGAUCUACCGGUUCUUAAGAUGGAGGUCUGGAGGCCCCUCGGAGCAGCAAGACCCAGUUAGAUAGCAAAUAGUGUAAUAUGCCCCAACUGCAUUGGGUAGGUUAGUAGUUAUAAUGACUUACAAUGUCUUAUGAAGUUAACAUUAGUGCCUUAUGCCAUAACUAUGGCCAUACAUUUUUUUACAUUGACAUUUUUUAGGCUCAGUGGUAGAGAAUUGCGUUAGCAGCGCAAAAGAUUGUGGGUUCGAUUCCCAGGCAACACACAUACUGGUAAA